AUGGAUGAGUUGUUUCAUGUCGCGUCACACGCGGCUACGUUUGCUACUAGCUUUGCCAUAAAACACAGCAUUUCUUUUGCUGGGAAAUUUGCUGUCCAGCAGGUAAGCAGCUAUAUCAAACGCAUACCAGACGCUGAUCGCGAUGAAUUGGAGUCCAUGAAAGCAAAGUUGCUCGAGAUGAUUCGUGUGGUCACGCCAGCCAUAGAGUUAAUUGAUAUUAUGUCUUCCAAUGGAAAUCAAAGCUUACAAAGCACCCGCCAACUUGUUGAUGCAUUGCGCUCUGAUAUCGAAAAGUUUAGCGUGCACAUUGUGGGUGUCGCAAGCGCCGACACAGAAAACGAAGCAUCAAAUCCAAAGCAUGCUGAAGAAACGAAGGGAAAGGUGUUGGAAGAAAUGAGAACCUUGCUUUUACGAAUCCAAGACGCAAUCCCUCUGCUCAAUUUGUCUAUCACCACUUCAGGACUUUCGAUCUCAUCAAGUCUACCCAAGUCUACCAAUUUUUCUCAGCUUUUUAAGGCAAACUCUCAUGUUUUACAUGCAAACCUCUCUUUUUCAGGAGAUAAGCCCUUACAAGUUGGUCCCACUUUUCGACUUCGCACUUACAAAAUUUUUGAAAGCCGUGCUCAAUCCAAGUUUCUAAAUCACGAUUCAAUCAUUUGGCAAGAGGAUUGCUCUGUAUGUGUGGGUAAGGUAUUGCGGAUUCCACCUCAACAAUCUUACAAUAAGGAUUCUCUCCUCUCGUAUAAACUCUCCCUUGUGCAGUCAUUCGAUGAUGAUCGUUAUCACGAAGAAAAUGAAGUUCCAACUUCAAAGGAUAUAUUUUUAAAUACUAUUCAGACGCUGUUCUUUAGUGUUUCGGGUAAACUUCUUCGACUUGACGAUGUCACGACACCUGUUAUUCUUCUCAAAUACAAGGAUAGUCCUUCUGAAUCUUGUGAAGAACAGGAAAGAUUCAAGUGGAUAGCUAUGGAGCUGUUAACGGAAGAGGAGGAUGAAAGUGAAGAAGACAACGAUGAUAAUGAAGAUUCCGAAAAUUCAACUGCAGAACUCAGCGAUGAACAAAUGGUAGAAAUGCAAUUACUAGGACUUACGAAAAAAGAUAUGGUUACAAGAACAAAGAAGAUGAAAGCUUAUCAAAAGGAAGAUACGAAUUUGGUUUUACUUGAGUAUCUUCUUCGUUUGUGUGCUUUGGAAGCGAACGCUCAAGAAUCUGUUCUUCAACUACCGGACGAACAGAUUUCGCUGUAUUUGCGAGACGAGCAAGGACGAGAGCGACCUCGUGAUCCAGGUUCAUAUCAUGCUCUAGAAAACAAUGUUGAUGCUCCUGUUUCCCCAACUUCUGCAACAUCGUCAAGGCGUUCUGGUGUACGUGCUAGUUCAACGUUUCUUUCUCCUUGGGUAAAAGCAGAGGGCUCUUCCCCUUUGAAGAACGUUCCAAGAAAUAAAUUAUUGGACGAGCGAGAGGCAACCGCUGGCUAUGCUAGUCCUUUGAUGAAUCGAAAAACGAAGGAACCUUCAAAUAGGGACAGCAUGAUAGGUACAUAUUCCCCAAUGUUUAUUCGAUCUAAAAAAGAUUUAUUUUCAGAUAAAGACCAGCUGUCAUCUACAAAGAAAGAGUUGUUUGCUUCCGAAAAGAAAAUACAAGGUACUGCAACCGAUUCGAAUAAAAGUUCGAACGUUUAA